AUGAAUGUGGCAGUUUCUAAGAAAUUGCUCUCCUAUCGAAAGGCAUUGUAUAAAGUUGAUGAGCUGUUAGAUGACAGCCCAUCGCAGCAAUGCAAUUAUGAUAUGGUUUUCACAUUUGCUGCAGAAAUGGCAUAUAUGGGGUAUUCUUUCUCUGAUAGCGCAUUAAAGUAUCUGAAGUCGCUUUCUGUGUCUUCCUUACAGGUAUUCAGAUCUACUGCUAGACAGGUAGUGGAGGAAGCACUUGGCGCUGAAAAAAAAUAUGUACCUCUGUUUCGGAAAUUUCCAGAAAGCAUUCCAGAUAGAGACUUAUUGAUUGAAGCUGUACAUGAAAAGUUAGACAAGUAUAGCUACUCGCUAUAUUACGUGGUAUACGGACGUUGGUCUUCGGAUGAAUACAACGGAUCAUGGUUUGGUAGACGUUCUUCAGACGUUGACUUUCAGGACCCCAUCGAACGCCCAGAGCUCAUAAGCCACAGGAAGUUAGUCGCAUUAGACAUUGUAGACGAGAAAGUCGUUUUAGAGCUGUUCCAAAACUUGAUUAGCACCUCUACUUCUACAACUGUAUCAGAUAAAGAGUUUAUCAAAGAAGUUAUCAAGCGGAAUGAUUCUUGGUCUUCUGCAUUACCGGAAAGCAUUCCUAAUAAAGAAAACUUGAUGGUUGUUAUCGCAUAUGCUGUUGAAAAAGCAGGUUCUUUCAAUGACAAGUUACGAGAAUUGUUUACUAAAUUCUUGAAAACAGCCACAGAUGUAUUGCGUCUCGCUGCGGCAUUUUCAGAUUCAGAUGUAUCUCUUGAGGAACACACACGCUUUAAGCUGUCUAAUUCACAGCGCAAGUUUUUGAUGUCUAUGUUAGACAAGCUGGACUGCAGUUUAGCACUGGAAGACAUACUAAGGUUUCGGGGGCUAUGGCUUAUCCUUGCCAAAUACCUACACGUAAACGCGUAUGUCAAACAAUAUCCUAAAGCCACUAGGAUCAUUCACACUAUAAGAUCAGAUCCAAAAUCCAUCGAGACGUUCAACAGAACAAUUGAAAAGUCAUUAACUGCAAUAAGAAUUGAAAGAGACUCUGGAAACAUGAAAACCAAAUUGGAAAAGAUAUUGAACUCAUUAAAAAGUAGACCAGGUGACUUUGCGCGGAGACUGGAUCAUCUAUUGCGGAUCUCCUCAUCGCCAGAGCAAGAUGUACUUCUUGAAGAAUUUCUCAAAGUUACCCCCAGCAUUGCAACUCCACUCCUUUUGAACUUGUCCACGCAUUUUCGUUAUAGGAGCAGCAAGUCGCCCAUUCGAGUCUAUCUGCCGAAGGGCUCUGCGACCAACGUGAUUAUUGAGGACGAAGAUAAGAGACUCGCUCUUUCAGACGAAAUAUGUUACCAGCUAGAGAGUGGCAUAGACGCUACACUCAUCAAAAGAUUCAAAAAUUUAGAUUCCUUGGGGAACGUGUACAUUGAUCCAAAACUGGAGGAUUUUAUUGUCCCCAUCGGUAUGCGAAACGUAUCCGAAUCACUACAAACGCUAGCUCGAGGAUCAAAAAUCAGGUUUGACAAAUGUGCUAAGGUUAUUAGACUGUUUCUAUACUGGGAGAAGAUACCAGAGUGCAAAGGACAGUAUAACUCGAGGGUAGAUGUUGACUUGUCCUCUCUACAACUUGGAGAAAACUACGAAAACCGGGGCGAAAUAGGAUACUACAAUUUGGAGAAUGCUGGGAUUACCCACUCGGGUGAUAUAACCGAUGCACCAAAUGGUGCAGCCGAGUUCAUUGACAUUGAUUUAGAAGUUUUAAGACUUAAGCAUCCCGAUAUCCGUUACCUGGGUAUGACGGUCAACUCUUACAGUGGUCAAUCUUUUGACACCUUUGUGGCAAAGGCUGGCUUCAUGCUUAGAGAUGGUGACAGUGGCAAUUUCUUCGAACCUAAAACAGUCGAACAAAAAUUUGACGUAGUUUCCGCUACCAAAUUCAAUGUCCCAAUGGUUUUAGAUAUUAAACAAAAUGCGAUUAUUUGGCUAGAUGUUGGCGUUUAUCAUAAGCAACGUCAUUCCGUUAACUUGAAUGAAAAGAGUUCAGAAGUUGGACCACUUGUGAAAUAUGCAGUUCACAUCUAUCGGGAAAAGUGCAACUUGCUAAAACUUCUCAAGCUACAUGCUGACGCCCGUGCGACUAGCUUGUCCUAUAGCCUUGAGUCACAUAAGAGCUACGACACGGUUUUCGAUACCAAUUUUGCAUCCAAAGUAGAUGAGAUAAUGGGAAAGUUCCUCGUAUGA